AUGGCCGCCGCCGGGUUCGCCAGCCCCGGGGGUUUCCACCCACAGGAGCCCCUCCAGCAGCAGCUCGGCUGCGGCAGCUUCUGCAGACCGUCGCCCAAGGUCCGUAGUUCGAUCUUGUUUGGACCGUUUUUUUUUUCCCCUCCUCUUUCCAUGGCGACAUCAUCAUCCUAUGUGCUGGGUAUGUGUCGUCUGGGCAAGGCGGCUUCUUCGACAUCCAAGUCGUUUGCAUGUUCUCCGUCCCUAACGCAUUACAUACCGAUCUUACCCUUUUUUGGACACACCCUCAAUUCUCGUGUCUUGGCGUAAUUUCUUCAUUGCAUUGUUACCUUCAUCGCAUUUGUAUGGGCUACUAAUUGUUUGACAGGUUAUAGAGUGGUACCUUCCGGCUGAGCUGGGGUUCCUUAAUGUUUCUCCCAACUUCAGGCGUAAGAGUUGUAGUUUCUGCUCAAAUUCUGCGACAUUUAGCCUGUUAAACUCCUUCCUCUGUUCUGAGUUCGUGGCAGUUCAUCAACCUCUGAUGGGAGAAAUGAUAGUUGUUCUAAAGGAUAGAGGAGGUGACGCUCUCAAAGCUAUGAUAGUUUUCCUUUUUGAAAGGCAGAAAGAUAGAAAAUAAGUAUGCUGUCCAUUUAAAUCUAAAAUCACAGCAUAAAAAAGAGGCAACUUUUUAGAAUAAAAUUAAAUUAACCAAUGUUAUCCAAAUCACCAUAACAGAAAAGGAGAUUGUAUGGGCAUCCAUUUCUUGUAUACUGGGGAGUGAUGUUCCAGUCUUCAGAGUCAUGGUAACCGUCAUGAUUUUGGACGAUUUGUUGAAGCUUUGUUGCGUUCUAGGGGAUGGUUCAGUGUUGUCUUGGCAUGCUAUUUAAUUUGACACUGUAGACGUUGCUUGUUGAUACACUCCACAGCAUGGGCGGACAAAAUGAUGUGCAUCUUCCUCUAUAUUGUCAUUUUAUUUAUACUUUUAGUGACUUUCAUGAUUUUUUACUCAUCUGACUGCAGGAAUUUCAAUCUUUAUCACAAGGACAUGCGAAGCAAAAUAUUUCCAUAUCUGGAUUCCCUCACGUCAAGCCAUCAGAGCUUGUAGAUCCAUGGAAAUACAAAGACUGGCUAUCAGAGUAUGAUCCAUUAUCUAGGCCAGUUCCCACGUUCAACAAACCGGAACUAAUUGAUGUCCAAGGUUGUAUGUUAUACUUUUUGUCUUUCUUUUUGUGAAAGAUAGCUGCAUGAUACUUCAUUCGUUUCCAAUUACAUAUGUUUAAACUUUUUCGAGGUGACAAAUAAGUUUUGUGGGUGAGUAAGAAAAAUCAAUGUUCUUCUUGGAAAUAAAUCUUGUGCCUAUUAAUCAUAAACACAGGGUGCCUUGACAAUAUAUUAUUUCCAUGUUCCAGUGGUAAGCUUAGACAUUUGAGAAAUCUUAACAAGUAGGCAACCAUAUAGCAUCAUUGCAAACUCCCUAGUACUCGCGUGGCAUUCUUUUCACAUAAAUUUGUCUUCUGUGGGAACAGAAUGAUGGGGGAUGAUUUAGGGUGUAAUAUGAAAUAAACCUUGUGCCUGAUACAAAAUCAUUAGGGCUGAAUAAUUAGAUUGUUAAUGUUGUAAACAUUUUUUCUCACCAAAAGCAUCUCAUUUUUAAGAAUCAAUUACUUUAUGUUUUCUUGUUGAAUCUGCUGUGUUCAUAAGCAUGAUCGCUCUUGUUUAUUCUUUUGAUCCUUGAACAGAUGCUCGUCCUGAGUCAGUGCUUCUUAGUUCUGGAAUCUCUGAGAAGUGCUCUCAGCAUGGAAAAAUCAUGCAGUCUCUUCAAUCUGGUUCAAGCAUGUCGGAAGGAGAAAGCCUAAGUAUGCCCUUAAUUUCUGAUCGAAUGGGAUUCAAGAGCCUGGAAACUGAUUUCUGCCACCAGUCUGGUAUAACUGUGGCUGAUGAGUUUCACCUAUAUGAGAUUGGGGGUGAUUACUUGCAGCCAUCUUUGGUUUACCCAGAGGCAGAGGUUCUCCUCCCACAGCCAACUUUGGAUUGUUUUGAGGAUUUACCAUGCAUUUCCACGAUGAGAAUACUUCCAGAUUCUCGGGUGUUAUUUAUGGGUACUGAGGCAGAGAUAAGUACUCUGCUUUCAAUGCUUUCAGAAUUUUAUCUAUCAAAGAAAUCAACAACAUUAAGCAGACGGCAGAUGGUUGUUCCGUAUUUUCGAAGGUAUAUAAACAUGUGAAUUACUGUUUGAUGGUGUGUUUAGUUUGUUUACACAUUCUGAUAACAUUUUACCUUUAUGAUCUUUGGUUUCGUAGUUUUUUCAUCGACAAUAUUUGAAUAAACACAAAGCGUUUUGUCCUUCUGAACGGGCACCAACAGUUGUUGUUUACUCUUCUAUUUCAUUACUUUCCUGUUGAAUCGGUAUCUAUGUUGUAUUGUGUUCGCUAUCUUUUUUCUGUCUGCUCAUUAAGCUCACAACGCUUUUUUGAAAAGUUAGGAAAAAAUUGUGAAAGGUCAUCCUUUUGUUCCCUUUUUUCGUCAGAAACAUGCAAAUUGGUUUCUUUGUGUAACAUCUAUCGAUCUAUGUUUAUAUACACUAACAAUAUUUACCUUUACCUGUAAAAACUAUGAAUUUUAAAUCCUCAAGACGCUGAUGUCACUUUUGAAAGUCUCUUUUCGGUUUUAGGACUUUCAAAGUCUACUCAAGUGUACUAAAGAACUCUUUGCGAGCUUGCAAGAGGUUCUUACCUCUGAACGGUAGGAGAAAAUUUUGGGCCCAGAAGGGCUUAGCUUAUAUCUUUGGAUUGCUCUGGCUAUGGACCUACUUCAGCUGAGUGAGUGUGACCCAGUCUGAAUUUCUCCAUGGAGACGUGCGUGUUUUUUGAUCUGACAUGUCUUGCGAUGAUCUCUCCCUGUUUUAUUUGGUAGUAUGUAGGAUCGGUCAGACAGUCCCUUGUGCCUUGAGGACUAUAUCAACAUUCUGAAGCUGACCAUAUUUUUUCUUGAUUCCAACAUAAGUUAUUAGGUGAAAUGGGCAGAAAGAUUGGGGUUGAGUUCACCUGGGAUCAGUCGAUGGGGAAUUGUCUAGUGGAGGAUAAGAGUAGUGGUACAGGGAAUCUGGGUGCCGGCAAGGAAGAAUGGAAAAAGAUUCUUUUAUGGGAGAUAAUUAUUAUGGGAGCGCUUUAGGUUAUUUUCUCUGGACCUCUGAACAACGGAGAAGGAAUGAUGAGGGAGCGGAUGUGGAUGUGUUGGAGAAUAUAAUGGGAGCGCGAUGAUAAUUGACUGGAGAAUAUGGUGGGAGUGUGUUCAGGGUCUGGUAAUUGACUGUUGCCUUGUGCUAUGUUGGCUGGAUAAACGACCAAAAUAGUGAGGAGAGGAAUCUUUUAAAACAGGGGAAGAGAGAAAUAAGAAUCAGGAAAGGAUUUCAUUAGUGCUGCGUGCUCCUUUUUGUUACUGUUGAAGCCGAAAAAGGAUGGUAGGAAGAUGAUCUCAAAUUUGAGAUAUUCUUUGAUCCCUCAUAUCUCUCAUGCGACUGGUUGGUGCAAAAUGAAAUAGAGAGAGGUGACUGAUGAGAAAGAGGAGGUGAAAGGGAAGUAUUAUACCUCUCCUUGCAUGCUGAUGUGACGGCAUGAUGAAACAUCAAAGGAAAUGAUUAUAGGAAACCAAGGCAGAGCAUUGUCUUAUAGCAUUCACCGUAGAUGCAGAUGAUUACUUUCUCUUCUUUCAGCAGAGGUUAGGAGAAAUAUUUUUUUCUUCCAUUAUAUUGAUCUCCACUACAUGGGCUUCCAGUUAUUCCCUUUUCUUUUACUCUUCCACUCUCUUUUCAUCGCUCCUCACCUACGGUUCUGAACUCAGCCUGUGUAUUUCUUUGACUCCCUAAUGAACAUCUUUGACGGGUGGGAAAUAGUUUCAGCCUCCCCUCCGGUCCAACCAGAGGUAUCUUCAACCUACUGGACAUCCUGAGCCUACUUGCUUUGUGGUUUUUACUUUUAAAAUUUCUCAGUUGAUACUGGUUUGUUCUAAGAGGCAUUUAUUAUAUUUUUUGGAACAAGUAAAAACUCUCUUACCUUCUUCCAUAGAGGUCGAUAUUCAGUCAGAUCCGUCAUGAGUAAUGGGUGAAGCUCGAGCCGUCUCUGUUGAAGUACUGUGCAGCGGCCUGUACUCUAUAAGGAACAAGAUUGUGAAGCUCCGUUUAACAUGGUUUCCUUUUCUAGAAUCAACAUCCCGGAGGCCCAGAAGGGUCACCUUUGAUUUCACAUAUCUUUAUCAGUUCUUGAAUAAUAGUGAGUGAGAAGCAACUCUCAUUCCCAUCAUUAUCUUGAAAUUGUUUGCGUCAUUCCUCUUUUUUCCAUGCCUUUACAUUCUUCCCUUGCACUCUGAACAGUCAGCUGCAUGUACGUAGAACAUUUCUUCUUUUUGAAAUUGGUCUGUGGAAAUCUUUGAAUCUAUCUCCAUGAUAUUUUUCCUACAAUCUGAUAUAGUUUCAUUGUCUCAACAGAUCUCGUAAUGGAGCUCGCUCAAAUAUGAGCAGUAUGGGUGCGCACAUCCAGACAGUCACUCCCGUGCAGAGGUACAUUUGAGAAGCAUUUCUUUAGGCUGCUGCUCAUGGUUGGCUGACUAAGUAUUAUACCAGGACUCGGAACGUGUAUUAUACUCAUCGAGUUGAAUUUUAUUGACCUGGCUGUGACUCGUUCUUUGCCUAUUGAUAAAACAUAGUUUUAGUAAAAGUUUAUUUCGUAUAGAAACAUUCCAUUAUGAGGUUGGGUAAUCCUCAUGCACAUUGAGGAUCAGAAUCAGAGAGAGCCUAUCUAACCAGUUGAAUUAUUAUACAUUUACGAUGUUGUAGAACGAAUUUGUUUUUCUGAUAUUAUCGAUAAACAAGAUGCAAAAGUCAACUUUAAAACAUGAAUGAUUCAUGGGCCUUUUUGAAAGUGUCACUAUAUACUGUGUUACCUUUUUUGUGGUUCCCCAAUUCGUUUUAGAUCCAGUUUGUGUCUGAUUUUCAUUUAUACUCCAUAGAUUUUAAGGAUGAAAGUUUAUUUUCUCAUUUUUGAGCUCCUUGCAUCCGUUUUCAUGCUCCAUGUUCCAAAAUACAGAUCUUUGGGUUGUAAUCUAACAUUUCUUCGUUCUUAUUCUCAGGCCCGACACUGCUAAGGUGAAGGCAUCGCCGAGCAAGAAAGAGAUCAGAAGAGCUGCCAAGGAGAGAGACAUGUACAGGAAGAACUUGUUCCACGCUUGUGAGAGCCUCCUUUUUGUGAUUUUAGACAAGAACAAGGGGAGGAUGGCCCUCCUCUCGCUGAUGAAAUCAGCCCCCGAGGUCUCCCACCUGCUCAUGCAGGUCUCAGCGAGCAUCACUGGAGCAGCUCUGGCCGUCCUCUUCUCUGUCGUGUGGAAGGUCGCCUUCUCAAGGGUUCCCUUUUGCUCGACAAAGCUGCUGAACACUGGGCUUGCUCUUGGGCUUGUCUGGCUCUCAGCGGCAGUGAACUCUCUAAGGGACAACGUUGUCAUCUUCUCAAGAAAUUCCAGCAGGAUCGGGUGGACGGAUACGGAGAUGCCCAGGAGAGUUGAGAGCAGCGUGAACCAGAUCUUCUUUAGGGCGUUGACCCUGAUGGCCAUGGCCAUGCUUAGGUUUGCAUGAGAAGUCAACCUGUAAAUCACGGUCCUCUGUAAUUUUGUUUCCCUUCAUUUGGAAGAACAGUCUGGGGAGACUGCGGCCCUUCUCCUCUGAUCCUCAAUAUUCUUAUAUAGCUCUGCCAUGUCUCAUGGCUCCAGGGUUGUAAAGGAUUCAAUAAUUGCUGUGUACAUGGAAUUUCAUCAUGCUUUUUCUCCCCGAGGAGCUAUUCACUUCGCUGACUCUUUCAUGGGUAACCUGCAAGCCCCCUAGACUUCAUAUACAGUAAGUAACAUUAGCUUUAGCUUUUCUUUCCCCUGAUGGGUUCCUCUCAAUGCAUCGUGAAGGACCCGAUUCAGUAAACUUCUCCAUCACUGUUUGGGUUCCCCGUUUCUAGAAGGCUUGGGGUUUCUUCAGCUUUUUGUUGCUCUCUCUCUCUCUCUCUCUCUCUCUCUCUCUCCUUCCACCUUCUGUUCAUGACUGGAUUUCGGUUGUCUUGGAUGGAUGGUAUCAGAGCGAAGCUGAUCGUCGUCGUCGUUGGCUCUUUCAGUGACUGCUCUGGCAUCAUUAGACCCCCUCUCCUGCUCAGAUGAUUACUCUCGUCAUGUUCCCCUUUGUCACCCAGUCCAUGUCUCUGUUGGGUCAUGUGAAGGAGUCUUCCGUCGAAAGCUUUCGCUGUGGUUUCUCACACAAAACCCUGUCAUUGUGGGAUUUACUUGCCCUUCCUCUCUAGCACGCAGAUCAGAACCAGUGGACUAGAAAAUCCCAGUUUUGAGACCAAGAUGUGAGCACCCUUGUCACCCCCCCGCUGCAUGGAGCUGA